AUGGGAAAGCAAGAAAUCUACGACCUGCGCCCCACCGGGUGGGAAUCAGACCCACCGGAUGAAUAUUUCAAGCUCUCCACACUAGACUACUGUGUCGGCCAAGUAUACACAAACUACGCACUCUUCUUCAAGCUCGCAGAUACCGAAAAGCCCAAGACCAUCCCAGUGCUCAAACACGGUCUCGAAGUCACCCUCAGCCAGUGCCGCCAGCUGUGCGGAGUCCUUGAAGAACACCCUGCAGGCGGGCUGUGCUUCCACAAGAAGAAACAGAGCACCGUCGAGUUUCACGUCCAGUGGCUCGACGGGCCCGAGGAUGAGGGCAAGUAUCCAUCGUUCGAGGAGCUCGAGGAACGGCAUUUCGCCUCGCAGGCUCUCGGCGAUAUCAACACGUGGAGCGUGGCCCCUAUGACGUACGGAGAAAAACCAGAGGCUCAGCCUGCGAGUAGCCCCAAGGGGUCUGCUUUCAAGAUGAGCUUCAUCCGCGGCGGCGCGGUGUUCAUGAUGCACCACCACCACUACUGUAAUGAUAUCAUGGGCUGGGCUGGGGAGUUGCACCAGCUGGCCGAUAACUGCGCUGCGAUCUGGAAUGCUCCGAAUGGAACAACGCCGGUUCUUCCACCCUGGGAUCCGAGCUGUCUUGACUUGUCUAGGGUUACAAAGCCCGAUCUCCCCGAGGACCAGCGCAUCGACGGACCCGUGACGCCAUCACGGCACCCCGAUCAUAAAACCGGCCAGUGGCUACUCUUCCACCUCCCGAGAAGCAAAGCGGUGGAGCUGAAGCAAAUGGCGAGUCCCAAGGAUGGAAGCUACUGGAUCUCAACCUACGAUGCGUACACCGCGUACAUCUGGCGGGUGCUGUCAAAGCAUAGGGCGAAGCUCUUCAACCCAGAUUCGCAGCAGAACCAUCUCCUCUGGGGCGAGGCUGUCGAUAUGCGGAGGCGCUUUCGGAACCCGCGCGUGCCAGAGCGCAUGCAGGGGAAUGUUGUAUUUGUCGCAAUUAGCACGUCUAGUCCCACUCCUCAGCCCACGGUCUACGAGGUGAUAUCUGAAGCACCGCUGUCAAAGCUAGCUUGGUAUAUCCGACAACUCACAAACAACAUCACGGAAGAAAACCUCGACAUUGCGCUCUCAGCAAUCGCGCCCAUCCGCGACAAAACAGCCUUGUUCCUACGCACCGACAGUUUCCCGCCUAUGAGCAACAUUACGACAGACUGGCGGGACACGAGGCCGUGCGAUGCUGAUUUUGGAUUCGGAAAGCCUCAUGCCUUUCGGUUUCCGUUUGACACCGUUACGGCUGGGAUGACGGUCGUUUAUCCUGUUCGGACUAAUAACCCCCCUGCCGGUGAGGACGAGGGGAACGAGCUUAGUAUUGGGUUUGAGAGGGAGCUUUCCCGGGAGUUGCUUGAGGAUCCGGAGUGGAAUCAGUAUUUUGAAUACAGAGGGGUUGAUGCUGAGGAGAGGGCAAUUAGGGCUUAG